GCAGCCAAGACUGGAGAGUUCCAGAGGUGCGCAGGCGCACUGACCCCGGCGGGCCCUAGCAACCAGAGCAGUGACGGUAGCAACCGCCGGAAUGGCAAAAGCAACAACAAUCAAAGAAGCCCUGUCCAGAUGGGAGGAAAAGACUGGUCAGAAGCCAUCCGAUGCCAAAGAGAUAAAGCUGUAUGCCCAGAUCCCCCCCAUAGAGAAGAUGGACGCAUCUCUAUCCACACUCGGUAACUGCGAGAAGCUUUCCCUGUCUACAAACUGCAUUGAAAAAAUCGCUAACCUGAAUGGCCUAAAAAACUUGAGGAUUUUAUCCUUAGGAAGAAACAACAUAAAGAACCUAAAUGGACUGGAAGCCGUGGGAGACACACUAGAAGAACUGUGGAUCUCCUACAAUUUCAUUGAGAAGUUGAAAGGGAUCCACGUAAUGAAGAAACUGAAGAUUCUCUACAUGUCCAAUAACCUGGUAAAAGACUGGGCUGAGUUCCUGAAGCUGGCGGAGCUGCCGUGCCUGGAGGACCUGGUGUUUGUAGGUAACCCCCUGGAGGAGAAACACUCUGCCGAGGGCAACUGGAUUGAUGAAGCAACCAAGAGAGUGCCCAAGCUGAAGAAGCUGGAUGGUACUCCAGUAAUUAAGGAGGAUGAAGAGGAAGAAAGCUAAGGCCGCACUUUCCAUUUGUGUUAAUUUAUUUAAAUGUUAGGAGAAAAAUAGAUACGUUUUGUAUAAUUGUCUAUUUUACAGAUUUUGUGGGGCAGAGUUCUUAAGAUAAAACACAUCUCUCACUUCCAUCCUUUAAAAAAAAAAACAAACCUAUUCAGUGUUUCUCCCUCAAACUAGUAGCACCACCUUUAGUCCAGUCCACCUUUGGAAACUACAAAUGUCCUGAUUUUAUCCCAUUACAUGCAUCACCUGUCUCUUAGUAUUUAUAGACCAGUCAUUUUUAACAGAAAAGGGACCUGUUUAUACUAAGUUGCUUAGUAUUUUUUAGCCCAGGCAUUUUACUUUCCCAUGCAUAGAAGGUUCAGACUCUCAUACCUCAGAAGCACAGAUGCAGCAGCCAUUGCUUCGGAAGCAGCGUGGUGACAGGACACAGUCCGUUAGAACACACAGCACCCAGAUGCAGGAGUGCAGCGUCUAAUUGGAAACACUAGUCAGAAAAGGAAGAAUGGCUAUCUUGGAGUCUUCUUGACUCAUGGUCUGUUUUCUUCUUUUUCCAAGAAUGUGUGCACUGUCAACUGGAAUUUAGGUGGUGCUACAUAGAUGGCCACUUGAGUUGUUAUGUUCAAACAGACACCCCAUGGUCCCAUCAGUGGCUAAUGCAACUGGCAAGAUCACUCCUUGAUAGUACUGUGACUACAUCAAUUCUUGUGGACCUUGUUUUAUGCAGAUUUUUAAAAAUAAUUUCUCAUGUGUUUAAAGCAGUAGUCAAUAGUUCUAAAUAUCUACCAUUGAGAUUUCUAAAAGCUUUACCCUAAUGAUUUACCCAGAUACCCUUUGCUUUAUAGUUAUAAGGGUACAUAACUAAAGACUGAAUUUGGUACCUAUAAUAAGUGAAACAGUAUUUCAGAAUAUAUUUUUGAGAAGAUCUAAGCAAGACAGCCUUUAAAGUGUAUCAUGUAUGUGCUGUGGAAGGAAGAGAGAGGUGGUUUGGGGUGGACCCCAGGCAAAUGGCAAUAUGUUGUAGAUUGUCUCCUGUGGGACACCGUAGGUGUCUUAAUCACAGACCUGCAAAGCAAUAGUUAAGUGUGAAGAUUAUAAUUUAUCAUGUAAGAAAAAUAAUCUGAAAAAUAUAAAAUGUCAUCAGCACCAGAUGAAGUCUCUAGUGGGUCAUGAUAGAAUCACUGAUUGCAGAGAAGUAGCCAGGAACCCCUACCAAACUGUGCCUAAAGUCAGCCAGAGGCUGCCGAUGCUUGUCCCUGUCUCCAUGUGGUUCUCCCUGGAAGCUAUCACAGUGAAGGGGGCAGAAUCUUUUUUUUUUUUUUUUAUGAUUACAUAAGUAGUCUUGGUUUGAGAACUUAUAGCUAUCAUUUCAGAAAAAAGGCUCAAUUUCUGUAAGAGUCACAAUGGUCAGAAGGGACCACUGCUUUGACAAUCAACUCUAAAUUCAUACAAGGAUGCCUGGUUGUGGGCUGGAGAGACAGCUCAGAGGCUAAGGGUGCCUGUUGCUCAGGACCUGAGUUUGCUUCCCAGGACCCACGUGGAUGCUCACAACCUCCUGGAACUCCAGGGGAUCUCUUGUCCUUUUCUGGCCUCCCUGGUGCCAGGCAUACACAUGUUGCACAGACAUACAUGGAAACAAAACACUAAAUUCAGAAUAAAUUUUUUAACAAAAAUAGCUAGUCUAGUACCUUGAACUACUUACUCCUUUUUAGCUUUUCUGAUGGGAAGAAACUUUACCCUGACUGGCUUAAAUGUUCAAAACCAUUGGCAAU